AUGGCCGACUUCGCCUCGCUGGCCACCAGCUACGUGCUGGCCGAUGCGGAGGACGAGCAGCAGCGGCUGGCCGGCCAAGCCGCUGAAGCAAUCAAGAGCGCACCGCGCAAGAGCGCCGCCGUCCUCGGCUGGGCGCAGUCCAUCAACCAGUGGAUGCCGAAUGGUGAUAAUGACGCCGACAGCGAUGUGAUUGUGCGUGCCAAGGCUCUCGGUUUCCUUGCCUCCACAUUGGAGGUUCUGGAUAAGGACGUCCUUCGUGUCGAACAGGUCGAACACCUCAUUGCAUUCUUUGGUGCCUUGUUUGCCAUUGACCGCAAGGCCGGUGUCCUCGACGCCUCGACGGCCCUGCGCUGCCUCUGCACAAUGACGCAGUUUCGGCCGCCAAUGGCCAACGCCGUUCUGUCGCACCUCAACAAGCUCGGCGAGGACUUCCGUUUACAGGUGCCGGCAACACGCCGUGCCGUCUACGACCUGAUCGCACUCCUGGUGCGCAACGAUGCCGCUCUCAAGAGCCUCAGCGAAACCAACGCCGCCAGCGGCCAGUUUCUCAUCGACCUCUUGCAGCUGUGCCGCCAUGAGCGUGACCCGGACAAUCUGCUGCGGUGGUUUGCCAUCCUGCGGCAUGUGCUUGAUCACUACGGCCCGCCGGCUCUGGCACCCAAUGUUGUCGAGGAGGUGUUCAAGGUUGCGUCAGACUACUUCCCCAUCUCGAUGCGUUCGUCCGCCACAGCCGCCGGCACGACUGUCGACGACCUCAAGACAGCCCUGCGCGGUGUAUUUGCAGCCAGCUCGCUUGCAUCGACGCCCGUUUUUGAUUUUCUGCUCCAGAAGAUGGACCAGGGCGACGCCCUGACGGUCUCUGUGAAGGUGGACAUCCUCAGCACAAUCCAUGCCUGUAUUGCGGCGUUUCCGAACCCGGCGCAGACGGUGGUGCCGCACACAAGCCGCAUCUGGAACUCGCUCAAGUACGAGGUGCGUCAUGGCGACGUUCCCGAGACGAUCGACGGCACGCUGCAAGUGAUCCAAGCCAUCUCCACGAGGCUAUGCCGCGGCCGCAGCAGCGUCGGUGGUAAGGCUCCUGCGGAGGAUGCCGCAUUUUUGAAAGACUUUGUCGACCUAGUCCUUGCCGACUGCAUCAGCGACCUGUCUAACUCGACGUUUACCACGCCCGCUGGCCGCUUGCUCACCAGCGCCAUGCUGGGGGGCUUGGGCGCCUACAACCUGAUGAUCAGUUCCGUCAUCGGCACAGUGAAGAAGGACCUUCAGCAAGCACAGGCCGCAAAUCAUACACGGGACUUGGUCGGUGUUCUCAAUCUCGUCCUGCGGACACGCCACGCUCUCGUAGUCGCUGCUGACGCCGAGGCCCCGACGACUGCUGCCUCCCCCACAGCAACAGAGACUGAGUUCCACACCCACGACGAUGCCCUUCUCGGUCUGCUGGAAAGCGUCUAUCUGCGCCUGUGGAACAACACUCUCAAGGACACAGCGGCAGAACCAACAUCACAGGACCCCGUUGUCUUGACCGAAGUGAUUCGCGGCCUGGCUGCUCUGAUUGCCCAGCGCGGUCCUCGCCCUUCAUCACCUUCGUCUUCUUCUACUCCCUCCUCGUCUGCCACGGCAUCCCGGCCACUGCUGUGCACGCACACACAGUGUGAGCGCAUUUUCGAAGCGCUCGCGCCGCGGAUUCUGGUCCCCUACUCUUCCGCCUCGCAGUCGGGCGCCGCCGACGAGGGCCUGUCGCAGACCGAGUUCCUCACCAUCGCCCAUGAGGCCAUGACGGCGCUCCAGACAGCAACUGCCGUGUACCCUGAAGGCUUUACGUUCCUCGUCGAGCGGACCGUGUCAUCCAUCGCCGGCAGCCCCAGCGGCCCGAUUGCCUCCUACUCGCUCAUUGCCCUCUCCUCUUCGGCCGAGUCACUCUCGUCUCUGCGUGACACUCUCUCCCGCGUUGCAUAUAUUGGCUGCUCGACCAUACCGUCUGCUGCUGAAGGCCUCGAGAGGAGCGGCAAGGCGCUCUUCCACUUUUUGACGCUGACACAGGCGCUCUUCACGACCCUGGAGCGUCUUUUGGAUGCCAAGGCGUCUUUCCAGGCGACCAACGCUGUUCUGUCCGGCGUCUACGGCGCCGCCCUGAAUCUGCGCGACGCCUUCUCGAAGCGCGGUGUCGGUCCCGAAAAGGCAAAGCAGCCACCAAUCGCCUCGUCUGCUGGGCAGACAACACAAUCUACGACAGAAACUGAGACGCUGCAGAAGCAGUUCCAGGCAUACGUCAACGAGGCGACGUCCAUCGUACGCCGUUUGUACCUGAGGGCAACGGCUGUCGGCACGGACCAGCGGCUCAGCUUGAGCACCGACUUUGAGCAUUCAGUCGCCUCGUCGCUUACCCUCGACGACCAGGACGAGUACCUGCACCAGUUGGCUGCGUUUGCGACGUUUGUUGUCCGCGACCUGAGUGAAGAGCAGCAGAAGGAAGCAAAGCUGCAUGAGGCUGCCUUUACUCUCUUCCAGUCCGACUGCAAAGGUCAACAUUCGUUCUUCCACGAGGCACAAGGCGCACGAGCCGAUGUCCUGUCCUUGGGCAUUCUCAAGGGCCUCUGGCCAUCGACGAUCGCAUCUUUGGUAAGUCACUCAGAAAAAAUGGAGAGGGAAAAAUCCCGGAUGAGGGACAAUCAACUAAUAAAAACGCAGGCCGACCUGAACAUAUCUCCCCUGAACCUCCUGGACGACUUUGAUUCACUUGACAGCCUGCCCCCGCGCACCCGCCUGGUCCGCAACACGAUUGCCACCGUCGUCACCAACAAGUACUCGGCAGCCGCCAGCGUCGGUGCCAGCAAGGUCCAGUACCCAGGCAACCAUGCCGCAUGGCAAGCGACGGUUGAUGCGAUCAAGGCUAAGCUGGACGGCAGCGCAUCUCUCACACCCCACCGCUUCGCACGCCUCGUCGCUCUUGCCGCCGGCGCCUUUGCACGCCUAGACAAGGAUUCCAAGGCGCUCGCUAAGUUAUUGGCCUUUGCGCCGGCUCGCUAUGCCGAAGAGGCCAGCAAUGGAAACGAUACAAAGGCGGCACAGCAAAUGGCCCGCAUCCUGGGUGGCCUGCUCGUGUCCGACCGCACCCUCUCCACCGACGACCACGCCGUCGUCAAGUCCAUCUACAAGCAGUGGGUGUACGGCCAAACCGUCAAGGCGCUGCUGCCACUGGCGUUUCCACCACGCAAGGCUGCUGUCGAGACCGAUGAGGCAGCCGUAGCCGCCCGUCGUGCCAGCACUGUGCACACCAUUGCCAUCAUGGCACUCGUCCGCGGCAUGCCCUUCUCGGUGUACGAGGACGACGUCGCCACGAGUAGCGGCAGCGAAUCCCUGGUCCGCGUGCUCGUCGCCGCGGCCACGACGCUCGUGCCGCAGUGGGGCGACGUUGCCGUUGCGUUGCGUGUACUGUCGUCCAUUGUGACGGCCAACCGUGCCGAUGCCGUUCGCAGCCACCUCAAGACAGUUGUUGACGCAUCCAUCCGUGUCUUUUCGUCCGCCGGCCCAGCGUCCUCCACGUCGUCAUCUGCAUCGGCGCCGCCACCAACCCCUGCUUCUCGCAAGGAGGCUCUUUUGCUGGUGACACAGUUGCCGGCGCACUACGAAGAGGGCCUGUUGCUGCCGUACGAGCCUCGGCUGGCGCGGGCCUUGGCGGCUGCCUGUGGUGACCGGGUUCGUGAGAUCCGUGAGGUUGCCCAAAAGGCUCGAGAAAGCUGGGCCAAGGUGGCAGUCUAA